CACUGCGUAGGGGCAGAACGGGGGACCCGGCUUGGAACCCCACGUGGGCGAGGUCUCACGCAGGUCUAUGCAGUGUUAAAGGCAUUUGAGCUUCAGCGCAUAGACUUGUGAGAAGGUGUAGUGACAUUUAAUUGUCCGCAGAAGUUGCGAGAAGAUGAAGAUCCGCUGUAGUUCAUCUUUCGAAGGGGUUUGAUACUCGGAUAAGCACUGCAUCACACGCGGUUUUUUUUUUGGGGGAGAUCGCUCAAUGAACAAUAUGACUGGACAGGCUGUGAUGGAGUUAGUCGAUGUCUGUCAAGUGCGCCGAAAGGUGUUUCAUAAUUCGCAUGUAGUGCGGGCACCUACUGGCGCGCACCUGUUGGAUUGAUUCUAUACCUUUGGUUCCUUUCUCAUCGCUUCGUUUUCAUCCCCAGUCGUGUUGCCGUAGAAAUCGGAAGAGACAUUGAUGAUUUAGAAGCGCUGCUCCGGCGGGGUGACUGCAGCAGAAAACAUGAAGUUACUACGGCGCAGUGGACUGCAAUGGUCGUCUAAAUCCACCGGACCCGCGACCCCACCGCCGCCGUUACACUUGUGGAAGCAAGCCAUCGGAGAUAAUGGCGCUGAACUUCGCGCGCAAGCAAAGCGGGAGGCGCUGCGCAAGGAGUUUUUUCGGAUGUUCAGUCAACCGAUUUCGGAGCAGAUAGGAAGAUACGGGAAGACACUUCCACUAGGCGGGACGGGGCUGAUGCUUCUGUGUUGGCUUCCCGGCAUGCUGAUCGCAGUCGGGAGCGCGUACUGCUACAAGACAAGAGGCGCACUACCGUGGGGAGGAUUUUUUGACAAGAAAGGCGAAGCAGAUGAGAAAGCCUUGGGAGGUGGAACAACACAUGGAAGCGGCGGCUUCGAGGGUGUUUCGGCGUUCGGGUCCGCAGACGCAGCUCCCGAAGCAGUAGGACCGAGGACGUCGUGCGACUUACCAUCUAUUGCACAUGGCGAGAACUGUUUAUGUUUGCCGGGUGACGUAGCGGCAGCGGACGGAGAGCGCUUCAGUACGGGCGUGAACGUAGCUGAGGGUGAGACUGCCAGCUACUUCCAGGACGACCAACCCUGCGGAGAGAUACGCGUCGCAGCCUAGUGCACAAGAGGUCUAGCAGGGCUACUGGAGUCAGAUGCGCUGUCAACCUUUCGAGAGGGACGGGGAACAGCAGCGUCUACGAAACUUAAAGGUGCGGGCGCGUAUCACAGAGAUGGCAUUCUUGCAUCUGGACGCCCCGUGUAAAGGUCUCCACAGUAAAUCCUGCUGCGCUCAGGCUGACUGGGGGCGCAAUGUGUAAAGCUGUAUCCCAAAAUGCGGCGUGCCUGCUAUGUAGCAGUGCAAGCGCUGCAUUGUUUUUCGGUGCGGAGCAGUCAGAUUUGUUUGUGUCGUGUACUUCCUUGCUCACUGUCUUCUGCGGAAUCUAAAGAUCUAAUCAGCUG